UGGUCCUCCAAUAUCCCAUAAUGCCAAAUUGUUGGCAAUGGUAAAACGCGGCUGCGCAGUCUCUCGGUCCUCUUUUCCUCCCACAGCUCUUCUGAUAUUAUGGCUAAACGCACCAAGAAGGUGGGGAUCGUAGGGAAGUACGGCACCCGUUAUGGGGCCUCCCUCAGGAAGAUGGUGAAGAAGAUUGAGAUCAGCCAGCACGCCAAAUACACCUGCUCUUUCUGCGGAAAGACAAAGAUGAAGAGAAAGGCUGUCGGCAUCUGGAACUGUGGGUCCUGCAUGAAGACUGUUGCUGGAGGCGCAUGGACGUACAACACAACGUCUGCCGUUACAGUGAAAUCUGCCAUCAGAAGGCUGAAGGAGCUCAAGGACCAGUAAUCUUCAGGAGCUCAGUGUUUUUGUACAGUUUCACAGAUUUGACUCGGGCCCUGAAUAAGCUGUGUGACCACUUCCAACAUCCCGCAAUAAAAUUGUCAUCGCAAGAGC